AUGGGCUCAUGUUUUGGCGAUCAGGAGCUUAUUUAUACGCUGGCCACCUGGGCUGGCCAUCUGAAUUCGUUGCUGAAUCCGAUUAUUUAUCCGCGGUUUAGUCGUGAAUUUCGGCGAGCUUUUAAACAAAUUUUAACAUGUAAGCGGAAGCGAUCUAUCAGAAGUGCAAUGAAAACAACAUUUGACCUUGUUUUUGCCCAGCUUGUAGCUAUUCUCCAUUUCUGGGAUACCACGAGAGCAGAAAUUUAUGCUCGCACUGAAAAGAAUUGA